UCUCAUCUUGCGCACCAAAAAAACAUUAAAUUAUACACACAAAAUGUCCGAAUCGCCUGAACUAGUAGCCGAAAUAGGAGCUGGAGCUGGAGCAUUGACAGCUGGCACAGAGACCGAGGCACAGAAGCGGCGCCGGCUGAGACAAGAGCGAAUUUUGAAUCGUGGAAACGAUCGGCUGAGCCGCAUUAAAAGCACAUUCAGCCAAGCACAGGAGGAGUCCGACAAAGCUGAGCUAGGCAUGGCCGGCGGACACGAGCUCAAGACAGCAGAGGGCACUCCUGUCGAGCACACGUCCGGAAUAUCCAUCGACGCGAUCAAUGAAGCAGCCAUCGAUAAUGGUAGCUCGCAGCCACGGCGUCGUGCGGGAAACCUGGCCCGCAAGGCACGACAAGAGGCUGAGGAGGCAGCGGCAGCAGCUGAGUUUGAGGGUACGGCGGCAGAGGCGCCGGUUGAGGAGCGCACACUCCGCAGCAGCCGGUUGCGCCCGACGGUGGCCACAGCAGAUACCAACUCGGACGCGCUACACGACAAUGUCAAUGCAACGAUUUCUGAUCCCGCAGCAGCGGCGGUGGCGGCGGCAGCGGGCGGGGGAACGGGACUGCGUGAGUUUUUGGCUGGGCGGCGAUUUUCGGCAGUUGGGCUGUCGCGAGCGUUCGUCAAGCUUGUGCCUGUGGUUGGCGUGUACAUGUUUGGUGUUUCGCGGGAGGCGCGGUACGAGCAGCUGGUGGGUGAGAGUGCCGAGGAUGUGCGGUCAAAGUGGGCGAACUUGCUGCGCGCGCGGCCAGAUGGGCGGCUGGAGGAGUGGGCCAAUGGCAACUACAUUCUGUGGUACCUGCUCAUGCUCGAGCUGGUCAUCUACGUAGCAUACUUUUUGAUUGGCGGCAAUGGCAGCGGCCAGCGGACUGCUCCUUCUCGCUCGCUUUCGUCAUCGCUUUUGGCGCAGAUUCCGGGAGUCCCCGCAUGGUCUCUUGUGGCUCUGUCGGCGGGCAGCCGGCUUCUCGACAGCCUGUCUAUCUUGCUGUUCCUGACCGCGCUAAGCAUUACAAUGAAAUCGUCGACGCCAUGAGCCAGUUGGAUGUACAAUUUUUCUUUGUUUGGCAUUUUGCUGUUCAAGCGCAAGAAAUAAAUAAAUAAAUAAAAAAGCAAAUGCCCGGAAACGUGAGUGCGUGCAUGUGCAGCACUUUUU